AUGAUAGCCUCAACCGCGACCCUCAUCGCCGCGCUUUUGCAAUUGGCUUCUGCUGCCCCUGAGUACCACUACAGUAACUCAACAGGUGCGCUGCCAGCAAAGACCUACGCGGAAUGUCAAAGGAGGACAAGCAACCCGCUGAAGGGCUGCCCUGAAGGCACCAUCUACGUGAGCCAAAUUAGCAGUAACAGCAGCUGUGGCCCCCAUGUGGACUUCACAAGCAUUCAGGCGGCGAUUGCCUCUCUUCCCGACGACGAGUCGGAGCAGAUCAUCCUGAUUGCUCCUGGUAAUUACACGGAGCAGCUCAACAUCACGAGGCCUGGCCCGUUGACUCUGCUCGGUGUCAGCGACGAUCCCUACCGCGGCGUAUCCUAUGGUGAUGUCUCGUCGGAUACGGAACACAAGAACGGUGUCCAGGUACUCUGGGCCUCGGCCAAUUCAGACAACACCGGCAAGGGUGUCGACAACGCCAUCACGACGGUGCUGACAGUCGCGCCCACCUGGAAUGCUUCUCUCACUGGCUCAGGGCCCACUGGCUUCGCCGUGCCUGCCGACACUCCCUUUGGCAACAGCGACUUUCGCGCAUACAACAUCGAUUUCCGAAACAUCUUCUCGGAGUACGCUGCCGGCCCUGCUUUGGCCGUAAACGUGGCCUACGCCAACGCUGGGUUCUACGGCUGUGGUUUCUACUCCUACCAGGAUACGGUCUAUAUUGGCAAGCUGGGCAAUGCUUACUUCUAUGACAACGUCAUCGCAGGUCAGACUGACUUCCUGUACGGUUUCGGCACCGCCUGGAUCGAGAAGUCUACGUUGGCACUCAGAAACUGUGGAGGCGGAAUCACUGCUUGGAAGGGCACCAACACGACUUUUACUAACAAGUACGGCGUCUACAUUCACGACAGCAGCGUCAUUGCCGCCAAUUCGACCAUUGCCGCCGAUAUCGUCGGAAAGUGCCCCCUGGGCCGCCCAUGGAACAACCUUCACCGCAGCAUCUUUGCCGGCACGUACCUGGACAGCAGUAUCUUGCCCGCGGGUUACAUUAUCUGGACCACUACGGAUACACGCUUUGCAAACGUCACGUUCGAAGCUGUCUACAACAACAAUGGACCCGGUGACAACGUCACGGCGCAGGUUGCCAGCAAUGUCACGCUUGUUUUGGACUCCGACGAGUAUGAGCCCUACAGCAGCCCUGCCAGGGUGUUCAUUACGCCGGAAGGUGACGCUGAUGACACUGCCUGGAUCGACAGUAACGUCUACAGCGGAUAA